AUCGAACGUGGGACAGUGGCCACAUUUGCCAAGGCUGGCUGCGUUGCGUUUACCAGCCAAAACAUUAUAUAACAUAACCUAAAAAAGUAUCAAGAAUCAAGAAUGUCUUUAACUGCGAAAAUUUUAGCAAAUGUUCCAAAAAUCAGACAUUUUUCAUCUUCCAAAAGGAAUUUCUCGAAAGGCAUAAUAGUAUUCAAUAGAAGCAAAGUCCCAUCUCCACCUUCUGUACCAAAUGUACAGGGUGUUUCUGAAAGGGUUGUAAAAGUACCAAAUGAACCUGUAGGACCUGGUGCAAGUAAAGAUGGAAACUACCCAAACCCCGAGUACUUUUGCUACGAUAAGACUAGUUACUUUGAAGCUGAAGUUGAAAUGCUAAAGUAUAGAUGUCCACAACCAUCUGCUUUUAAAUACUAUGAGGCUCCGAAAUAAUGUACAAACUAACUGCAUGAUAUUUAAUUAGGACGCCUAAAAAAGUUAUGUAGAAUUCUGUAUUAUAAAUUAAGUUAUAAAAUAAAAUACUAAAAAAUAAUUAAAGUAUGUGUUGUGUUUGAGCUCUCACCUUAAUUGCAACCAAGGGCGUAGAUAUGGUAUGGUAGAGGGGGUAAUUAC